AUGUUAGAUAAAGAGGAUGCUUUAUACAAAGAAAGACGAUUGUCUUUACCUCCAUUUUACCCCCAAAAAUCUUCUAGUUUGCCGAGAGAUUUUUUAAAACCUGGGGAAAUUUAUCAUCGAAGAACUGCUAGUAGAGACGAAAAAGAAUUAUUAAAGGAGAAGAAAGAUGGAAUUUUAAUAAGCCCCAGUGAAUUCGAGGCAAUUAGGCGAAGUACUAGUCAACUUCCUUUUAUUGAAUGA